AUGGUGCAUAUCCCUCAUUUGAUUGUUGGUGCUGGACCAGUUGGUCUCAUUUUAGGACAUUAUUUUAAGAGAUUUAACAUCCCUUUUCAAAUAUUCGAAAAGCAAUCCUUUUUAUCAGCACAUCCUUCAGCUCAUUAUCUCAAUAUGAGAACAAUGGAAAUUCUGGAUGAAUUAAACAUCCAAUUACCAUUAGAAAAUAUCCAACAUUUUUCUAAUUAUGUCUAUUUGCGUAGAAUUGGAGAGUAACCAUUGAAUAGUACACGUUAAUUAAUAGAUUACAAACAAUAUUCUUACACGAGUUAUGCUCAUUUACCAUAAAGUCUAUUUGUCUAACAUGUCUAAGAGGGAAUAAGAGAUAAAAUUUAAUUAAAUAAGGAAAUUAAGAAAAUUGAAUUCAAGGAUAAAAUUAUCAAAGUUAAUGAUGAUAUAACAUGUGACUAUCUAUAUGGAUGUGAUGGAUUGAAUGGUUUUGUUAGGGAUUAUCUGAAAAUCAAAUUGAUAGGCAAUCGAGAUCUUUAAAGAUUUUUAAAUAUUCAUUUCACAUCCAAGUAGUUAGUAAAUAGACUUGAAUAAUACAACUCAAUGUUAUCAUUCAUAUAUAACUCUGAUAUUACAGCAGUCAUAAUCAAACAUAGAAUUGAAGAUGGCAUCUUUGCUAUUCAAAUACCCUUAGAUCUAUUGACUGGUAAAACUGACAUAUAGGAAGUCUAACACAUAAAGUAAGAUCAUGUAUUAAUUAAAAAUCUCAUAAAUAAAACAUUACUUAGUUAAGUAAAUGAUAUCGAAAUAAAGUCAGUGGGAUUUUGGAGGAUGGGUGCUGUCUAUGCAGAGUAAUAUUAUAAGAAUAAUUGUGUUCUAGUUGGGGAUGCAUGUCAUGGAAUGCCUCCAGCAGGUGGAUUUGGAAUGAACACAGGAAUUCAAGAUGCACAAAACUUAGCUUAUAAAAUCAAAGAUUAAAAAGAUCUUUUGUAUUAUUAAAAAGAGAGAUAAUAGAUUGCACAAGAUAAUAUAGAGACUGCUUUGAAAUACUACAAGAAAUCACUUAAUAUUGCCAAAUCAUUUACAUUUGAUAUCAACAAACUCAAAAUCUACCAAAGUGUUAUGAAAAAUACUCCAGAUUUUCUAUAUUAGACUGGUGUGAAAUUAGGGGGAUCUCUCAUUGAAUUGGAUCCAAUAUAUAAGAGAUUAAAAGUGGAUGAUUGCAUUCCUUUAGUCUUCCCGAAAGAGGAAAUAGGUUUUAAGUACAAUUCAGGAGAUAUUGGAGAGAAUGGAGGUUAAUUGGCGCCAUUAGUUGUCAGGGAGAUAUUAAGAAAGAAGGAGAGAAAAUGGUAUAGCAUCAAUUGCGAUUCAAAUUACGAAAGAAUAGAUAUUGAGAAUGUCAAUAAGAUGAUUGUGAGAAAUGAUAUGCAUAUUUAUUAAUAAUAAUAACAAUAAUGA